UGACUUGGGGCUUGAUGAUUUUAAAGGCCUUCUACAACCUAGUUGAUGCUAUGAUUCUAAACUUCGAGCACGGGAAAUCCCAGCUUCAUUUAAAAGCAUGCCUUGUGCUUAGUUACAAAUUCCUUAUUCAUUGUUCGCUCGGGUUCCUUACGUUAAAAUUCCGAUAUCAUUUUCUUCCUUUUUACCUACGUGUGUUCAUUUAUUUAUACAUGAUUCCGUCUCUAAGCCGGUCAGGAUCUGUAGUUCCCAGUUCAUCGCGCCCAGGGCUGUCUGAAGAUGUCUUUCAUUUUAGUGGGAGCCCCUUCUGUUACGGAAGGAAACCGUUUAUGAGGAGACGGCGUUAAACACGUUUGCAAUUGCUUUGUCCCUAGGAAGACCCCAGGGAGCGGCAGCGGUCGCCCCGUGCCGACGGUCCCGCUGCGCCGCCCGCCGGCGGCUCGCGUCCCGGUACCGAGAAGGACGCGGCUGCCCCGCGACUGCCCCCACGCCCGGCACCGCCCCGCUGCGCCCUCCCGCCAAUCGGCUACGCGGAGGUCGCGGUGCGCCGCCGAGCAGUGUUGCUUAGCAACCCGGCGCGUCGUGGCGCGCCCGGCGCUGUGGUGGUCGUGCCGGCGUCGGAGCAGCCCAGAGACCGGUAGAUGCGAAUGGAGUCUCAGUAUCUGAAGAGGUGCCUGGGAAGUUGCUUGAGAAAGGGAUUGGCAGAGGUUGCAGAACGUCGGCCAGCGGAUCCAAUAGAAUAUCUGGCACACUGGAUUUACAAUUAUAGAAGAGUCUUAGAUGAAGAAAAAAAGAUAAUGUUGGAGAGGAUUGAGCUGGAACAGGAACGGGAGGCGGCCCUGGUAGAACUCGAAAUGUUACAAAAAAUGAAGGAAGAAGAACUAAUGAUCCAGCAGAAACUUGAAGCACAACGUCAGGCUCAGCUGGAACAAGAACGUAAGGAGUUGGAACUGCAGAAUGAAGAAGGCAAAAUGCAACAGGAAGAUCAAGAGGAAAAUGAUGAAAAGAUGAUAGCUGAACUUACAGAUAGAGCUGGAGUGCCUAAUUUGACCAGCGUUGAGGAGCUAGAUGAGAACAAGCUUGAGGUAUUCAGUGGUUAUAAAGACGUUGAUGUCUGUAUUCCAAGCGAGCACAACAGAAGCAGAACAAGAAAGUUCUCAACCUAUCUGAAAGCAGUAAAUGUAUUUUCUACUCAUUGCUUCCUGAUCCUGAGGUGCAAUAUGUUAAUUUAUGUAUUUUAUAUAUAGAACUGAUUUACAUACCUGUUUUGGUUUCUGUGCUUUCUUGGUGUUUGUAUAAAGUCUAUUAAUUCUGGCAUGUAAUGCUUUGUUUUUGUUCUUAAACCACUGUAGCUAGUCUGGCUGACUCAGGAAGAAAACUGCAAUUGAAAUGAAAGCAGUAUAUAUAUUUUCUACUUAUUGCCCAUUGAUUCUUGAAGUGUAACUGUAAUAAUUAUAGAUACAAUUAACAUGUCAAGAUUAUUUUGGAGUAGAGGCUACAAUAUCAUAAUUUCAAUCAAUACUGAAAGAACAACAGGUUGUUGAAAAAGGAUUUUCCAAGAAUUUGAAUGGUUUCUGAUAGAAAGAGGAAAGGCUCUGCAGAUUAGAAAAUAGAGAGAGAAUUCUGCACAUCAAACUAGAUGCAAAAAUCAAAUCAGAAGAUUUCCUAAUUUAUCUGAAAGAGAUAAAUUGAACUCUGACUCAGUAAAUAGAUACACUAAAAGAUCUUGUCUGUCUUAGAAAUCAUGAGGUGCUUUUUGUAACACUGUUUGCUUUAAGCGUCAUAAUAACCUUUCCUGGUUAUUGUGUGAUAUUAGGUGAGCUGCAAGCAUAUCAAUUUUGAUUACUCAAGUCUUAAAAUAAUCUUUUUUUUUGCAUUUGUCUUGAAUUUGUAAAUCAAUAAAUUACAUCAGUAUUGUUUUUACUAAAUAACCAUUAUUAGUUCUCAAAGCUUCACUUGUAAAAAAAAAUAAUUUAUAUGAAUAAAUUUCUGCAAUCACUGAUAUCCUGGUAGAGAUUAUCAAGAAUGUUCCAUAUCUGUUCAUUAUAAAUGAAAAAGACAGCAGCAUUAAGAAAUCACACGCUUCUUGGCUAAAAUGUGCCUUUACAGCUUAGUGUCUUCUAAUAAUACAGGUUAGUUGGACAAUUAACAUUAAGUCAUUGCCAGUAGUGUAUAAAGAAAAUACUCUUCAUUACAAAUUCACUGCUGUAUAGUUAGUGCACUCACUGCAUUCUUCAGUUUUGGGAUGAAAGAGAUUCUGAGGAUACUUUCACUUUCCUUUGUUUGUAUUACAGCUAGCUUUAAGGGGUUUGCUCUUUGGCAAACUGUUAAAAAUAUCUAUAUACCCAACAUGCAAAGGUCAAUCAUGUAAUAAAUAUUUUUCUGCUCUAAAUAACUUGUUCUGUUCAUGUAGCUCAUACUAGGCAUAAUCCUGUCAAUUUUUAAAAGGUAAGCACUAUUGAUUUCUAAAAUAAUAAUAUGUUAUUUUUCCCUUAAAAAUAAUAAAGCUCAUUAAAUCCUGUUGCCUUCUCUAUUGCCAUUUUGCUUUUUGGAUGCCAUUAAUGUCUUAUAUGAACAUCCUUAAAAUCAAAAGAGGAAAAUAUCACUUUCCAGGUAUAAAUACUUAGAAAUGUUUCUGUAACUUUUCAAGUAAUGACAAAUGGAACUACUUUCAUGACUAGGUGGUCAGGCUUUCCAUCUACAUUUGUUCUGCAUUGGUAUAGGUUUCCAAUUUCUAUGACAGUCAAGAACCUUUUCUGUGGAAUAAAUAUGCUGUUAGGGUUGAUAUUCCAGUAAAUGGAUUUUUUUUGGUUUUGAUUAUAUUUGUUAGUAAUUGUUAAAAUAGUAUCAUUUUAAGACCACAUUUUAAGGCACUACAGUUGUAAUUACACCUAUUAACACUGUAUGCACGGCAGCUUCUUGGGCCAAUCUCAACGGUAGGGCGUAAGUAGGUUAAUAGGUGAAGUUUCUCUUUUGAGCCAGUAUGUGUAACUGAAUCUUGUUAUUUAGAUUAAAAUUUUCAAAAAUUGCUAAGUAACCAUGUUGAUUUCCAUUUUCUGUCCAAUCAUGUUGACUGUGAAAAUUUCAGCCUUCAUACAGCCUUCAUAUUUAAUUAGGAAAUACAUUCAAGUUGUAAGACAGUAUUUUAAAACAUGCUAGUAAAUAAUUCUAAUUGCCAUUUUCAAUGUGUGGCUUUCAUUUGUAUCUUUGUUUGAUUUUAUUGUGUGUCCACUAGAGUGCAUCCUAAAUAAACACACUGGUGGCUUCAUCAGUUGUAACCCAUGAAAA